AUGUCGAAUCAGUCAGGAAACAACCCUCCAGUUGCGACGGUUGUCCAAGAUGAUGAUGAGCCUGAUGAAUGGGACAAACGAAUCUUUAGCACGGGAUGUGCGGAAGAGAACUCGAAAAUGACUGAUUGCUAUUUUGAAAAGAAAGAUUGGAGACUGUGCAAAGCAGAGCUUGAUACUUUCAAAAAAUGUUGGAAGAAGCAUCAAAAUGAUCAGAGGACAUCAACGAAGGAUGCUUGA